GAAGGGUAGUGCUGGUAGCACUGUGACUUCAGUGGUGCUCUCGUGGCACUUAUUUGAAAACUAAUGGAUCCAAUAUCCCUACGGAGAGGUGAGAGACACGAUGAGAGUGGUUCUGGCCAUCAGCCCCACAGCCCUUCCCUGUUGCUGUUCCACAGCGCGUGGUCGCUGCAGCGCAGAGCAGUCCCUGGAGCGCGGAGCAGCCACGUGGCGCAGUUCACUGCCACUCACACCCCGAGGGACAUGUGAGGCCCCGCUUUCCCUGCCAUCCCCAUGCCAAGGAUGGUGUCUCCAUUCUUUGUGCAGCUUAUACUCCAAGAGGCAGCCAGAAUACUUGUAUUUCUGUCUUACUCUAUAUUUAAAGGUGAUAAACCAGGUUAUGAACCUAAACAGGAUUUAUUUCUGUGAAAUUCGCAGUGUUGCCGUCUCUGCUGAUGUUGCACAGAAGACCGGUGAAGUCACUUGAUCAGUUGUACAAGGACAAGUUCAAAGCCAACCCAAAGAAGCCUGGAGAACACAAACGUUCAAAAGAACCUUCAUCUUUGCCAUGCAUGCAUCUCGCAGUUGUGGCAUGUGGGGACCGGCUGGAAGAGACGCUAAUCAUGCUGAAAUCGGCAGUUCUCUUUAGCAACAGGAGGCUCUGCUUUCACAUUUUUGCUGAGGAUUCCCUUAAGCCUGAAUUUGAGAAGAAGUUAAAGGAAUGGCCUUCCUCAUAUACAAAGAAGUUUGAAUACAACAUUUACCCAAUAACCUUCUCAGUAGGAAAUGCUCAGGAAUGGAAAAAGUUAUUCAAACCAUGUGCUGCCCAGCGCCUUUUUCUUCCGGUCAUUUUAAAGGAUGUGGACUCUCUCCUUUAUGUGGACACUGAUGUUCUCUUCCUGAGGCCCAUCGACGACAUCUGGCAUAUCCUGAAAGAGUUCAACUCAACACAGCUAGCUGCUAUGGCCCCAGAACACGAAAUACCAAAGAUUGGCUGGUACAGUCGAUUUGCGCGUCACCCUUAUUAUGGGACAACUGGAGUCAAUUCUGGAGUGAUGCUAAUGAAUUUAACACGGAUACGCAACACUCAGUUCAAGAACAGCAUGAUACCGAGCGGUUUGACUUGGGAGGAAAUGUUAUACCCGUUAUACCAAAAGUACAAAAAUUACAUUACAUGGGGAGAUCAGGAUUUACUAAAUAUAAUUUUUUACUUUAACCCGGAGUGUCUCUAUGUGUUUCCAUGUCAGUGGAACUACCGGCCUGACCACUGUAUGUACGGAAGCAACUGUAAAGGUGCAGAAGAAGAAGGUGUCUCUAUUCUGCAUGGAAAUAGAGGUGUCUACCAUGACGACAAACAGCCUACAUUCAAGGCACUCUAUGAAGUGAUACGUGAUUUUCCAUUUGAAGACAAUCUCUUCCAGUCUUUGUACUACCCUCUGCAGUCUAAGUUUCUGGAUACGGUGCACACUUUAUGUGGGAGAAUUCCACAAGUAUUUUUGAAGCAAAUUGAGAAAACUAUGAAGAAGGUGUAUGAAAAUCGGGUCAUUGUCUACUUGGGGGCCAACCACAGAUACUAAAUGUAGCUAUAUUUUUACAGAGUUUUUAAUUCUUGCACCCGAUCUCAUGAAGCAUGUAAAUGAAGAGUAUGAACUCCUUUACUGAAACUCAGAAUUAAAAUAUUUUCCUUAUCCAAUUUCCUAAUAACCUCUGCAAUUACAAAAACAGAGGAAAUCCUAGAAGUCUACCUAAACUCUCCUUUCUUAGGCCUUUUGUUCUCUUCCUACAUUUACUCGUGGUUGUAACAGGGUGAGUUGAUAAUUCACUUUUAUUUGACAAGUUUAGUUUGGUUAUUUGUUUAAUUACAGCUGUAUUCACUGUAACGUUUUCUGAAGUUGUGCAAAAGCUUGUACUGAUCUUAGGCUUGACAAAGAGGCUAUGGUUUGAGCUAUGUAACAUAUAGGGAAUAUAACUCUUGAAAUAUUAGGGCAAAUAUUCUUGAUUGUCAUGAGGACACUGAAUUACAGAAACGAUCACUCUUGUGAUAGGAUGAGUUAAAAUUUACUAUAGUAAAGGGAAAGUAUUUGCUUAAAAUUGCACUUCUGUCUGAAGGUAUGUUACUUGCUAUUCUUCAGAUGUAGGACCUAAGAUUUCUCUUACUUAAAAAGAUUAGGGGAAUAGAAGUGCCUAUUUACUUUCUAUUUUAUAGCACUUUUGGUGGAGUGAUUGUCAUUUUUCCCCUCUGCUCUUCCAUAGUUUCAUGAAGGCUUCUCAUGAAGGAAUUAUAAGGAAAAUAAUUACAGCAUAAAUAGGAAAACAGCGUACAAGAAAUGGGAGGGGGAUGCGGUAGAGCUGUGGCACCUGCACAGCUAAUGGAGAACAGAAAGAGAAUCCUUGCUUGCAUGGAGUACAGUCAUGGUCUUCCCCUCCAGCCUCUUACAGUUUUGAGAAUGUAUUCCCUAACUUGGUAAUACUAAUUACAUUAGAUACAGUCUGAGAAUAUGGUGAGUGAAGAGUACAAAACCAGGUACUAUUGAUCUGUUUUCCUGUUUAACUAAUCUUCUUUAAUUGCUAUUUGCUGCACAGUAACAAUGGUAGGCCACCGAAACCAUUCUUCCAUCCCUGUGUUGGGAGACUGAGAAUGCUGCCUCUGACCCCCAUUUUCUGCUUCGCCAGAAACCCAGGGCAUAGAAAUGUGUUUCUGCCUGGCACUGCCAUUCCUGGAAGUAGAGAGUUUCAUGCUAGGAUCAUAACGAAUGGCCUCAAAGUGAAAGAGGAUACAAGAUGGAUUUGAUGUUUAUUUAAAAUACUUCAUUUAGCUUAGAUUUCGAAAGUAUGAUGUUCGUCUUAGGAUAUGCACAGACAAGACCUUAUUAAAACUCAGCAGUAGCUGAAAGGUGCUUGGGACAAGUCACUGGGGAGCUGGAAGUGAGGACACUCUUAAAGAGCAGUGAUACAAGAGCAGACUCCCAGAGGGCAUUUUCUGAGUAUAAACCCUGAGGGGUGUGUGUAGGUGAGUGCUUAAAGAAAACAGCAGAGAAAAUCAUCUUACUUUUCAAGUCUGUUUGGCAAAAAAAAAUUAGGCAUUACUUGGAACUACUCCCUUUUAUAUCUAAUAAGCAAAGUAGGAGAGGGGUGAGGAGGGUGAGAUACGUGAAGCUUUUCUCUAAUGCAAGGAAAACUGAUACAGAUUGUAGAUCUUGUACAUGUAACAUUUAUUAGAGACAAAUACUUGGGGUGUGUGGAUGAGGGAAAGGAUGUUGCCUAAGUUAAAAAGUAGGAUUUCUGAAGAAUUACAGUUUGGGGGGUUUCUACCCCGUCCAGUCAGGACUGAUGCACAGUUUCAUAAGAAUACCGUCUCCCAGAGAAGGUCCUUUUAGCUUGCACGUUCCUCUCUGCUUGUGUGGCAGCUCAUGAGAGGAGGGGAAAUACAGGCCUUGCUGGCGUCUCAGGCUGCCAGAUAAACAGGCUGUACACGGGAUGAAGUGCUGACGAACUUUUUCCAAACACUAGAGUGUGAAAACGUCUGUGACACAUCCGUAAGUGUGCUGUGUGAAUGACACGACAUGGCAAACAGCAUCGCUACAGAGUCAUCUGAGAAGAGGAGGUGUUAAGAGAGAGGCUUGGAGUAAGGGGCAUACGGUCUUGGUCCUGGCGAAUUCACUGCUGGUCUGUGCUCACAGGCGUGACAAACACAAACGUCUGUUGUUUGCGCCUUUAUGUGCUGCAAAUUCUGAUCAACUUGUGUGUGUUUCUGACUCAGAUCUGUGGCCUUUGCCACAGAAGUGUAACUCAACAUGCAAAGGACAGAGGCAACUCUGCAUCUAUUUUGAUUGAAAGCCUGAGACCCAGAAAAGCAUUUAAACUUAAGUAUAGAUGUUACAGUCUUUUGCAACUUGCCUUAGUAUAUUUUACUUUAACUGAAGUUUUAGUUGCCACUUUAAAAGAACAGUACAUUUGUAAAUACAGAGAAAAGUUUGGAAAUGUAACCCAAAUGAAUCUUGAAGACUUCAGAGCCAGAGGGCAAUGAAAGGAAAAAUUCAGCAGGCUGUUUUAAAAAGUUUAAUAUAACGUAAACCUAACAUAUGGCAGGUAAACCUUUUAGGCUAGCAAUAGUGAGAACUUGUAAAAGAUAUUAGCUUGCUUUUUGAUCCUUAUUUUCAAGUAUCAGGGUAAGGCUGACUGUUGGUCAAACGAGGAUAGAUGAGGCGCAUGCUGGGCUCUCUGAAUUCCUCAUUUCUACGGUAUCUACAAGCCACAGAAAGUCGCAGAGCAAAAGUCUUGUUCCCCAGACAGUCGCGACUCUGGUGCUAAAGCCUCUGAAGUUUAGGAGGCUGCGAUUGUGUAAGCUGUGAUUCAACAGAACCCUGCAACUAUGGGCACAUUCAAAUGAAGGAAAAGAAUUCAUUACAAAACAAAGGCAUUAUUGCAUAUAAAAUGAUUAGAGAUUGAAAGAGUGCUUUUUAUGUUUACAGGAGGUGCUACGUUAUGUUUAGAAAGAACCGUGUUGUGUUCUCAACAGCUAUUAAAAAUAUGAAGUAUAUGCUUUAACAUGAAGACUUUUGUUAAUGUAAUAUCAACUUGCAGGAAGAAUGGGGAAGGUUCCCCCCUGCUGGGCUUUUUCUGAGAAAAAAAGCUAUAAUUUGAGCUCUCCAAAGUGUUUUAAAACAAUUAUGUAGCUUUGAUUUUUUUUGUUGUUAGAACUAUUAAUUUAUAUUUUAUUACAGCUUCCAAAACAAUGUUAUAUUUUGGUUUUAACAGUAGUGGAUUCUAAUAUUAACCUUGUUUAGAAAACAGUUCUCAUUCAUUUUGUAUUUCAUACUUGUGGCUAAUUCCUUGUUUAUUAGCCUUCAUUUAUUUUAAUAAUGGGAUGUGUAAAUACUUAUAUAGACUUUUGUAUGCUCAUUUCCCCUUCCUCUCAUGUAUUUUAGUUAUUUCCAAGGGUAUAAUGUAACCAAAAGACCUUUGCUAAUGUAACACCUUGAGCAGCGUCAUCGUAACAUAGUGUGGAAAUGAAGAUAGUUUUCUUUAAACGAACAGAAACUCCAGCACACAGAAUGUAUUGGUAACAAAGGAAAAGAAUCACCUUUGGCACCGCGGCAGAAAGAGCAGAGUACAGCCCAGAGAACUGGGCCCGGGUUAUUUGAACGUAAGCCCUAGCCCAGCAAAUGUUGGAUACUCCGAAUUUUGCCUGGGUAGUCAGUAGGCUUAUAUGCAAUGCAUAAAGUUAAGCAUGUAACCAAGUCCUUGCUGUAUCAGCGUCAAAUAUUCAGGUUUUAAAUUUGCUAUAUUUUACUUGAACUUGCCGAAGAUAGAUAAACAGGGGUUUUAUAUUAAGAGCUGCUGAGCACCUCCUUUUAGCCCAAAGCCUUUUAAGAAAGUGUCAGGCUACCAGUGCGCAUUGUACAACAAAGAACUGCCAGAGUGGGGAGCAUUUGGUUUCAUCAUUUGUAUAACGUGAGAGUUUUUCUAGCCUAUUUGCCCGCACAUUACAAAGUGGGCUUAGAUAGCUCCGCUGUCAUUUUGCUUACAGAUGGAAACUGGAAACUGCUCUGUGUGUGUGUACACACAACAAGAGCGUAUGUGUAAAGAAUUCUGUACCUUUUCUCGAUCAUUUAAUUGCUUGUGUAUUUUUAUUUGGCAAGUGCACCAAUUGCUUACAGCUCCCAAGGAGGCCUAGCAGUGCAUUUCUGUGUUCAUUAAUCCUUUGUCUUACAUUACAAAUAAAGGAAG